GAAAGUUCACUUCCUCAUUGUGGAUGCCUCAUGUGACAAGUUCCGAUUUCUUCUUAAAGUCAAUGUAACUCAGGUCUCCUUGCUGCUUCUGGAAGCCUUGGAGGGAGCCCAUCAGUUCAAGGACUCUUCCUAUGGGUGUUCCUGCCGGCCCCAGCAGAAUGACGUGGGUGGUUUGGGUGCUCCUGCUGUGCACCUCUGCAAUGGCGCAGCUGCAUAAGGAUCCCACCCUAGAUAACCACUGGGACCUCUGGAAGAAAACCUACGGCAGGCAAUACAAGGAAAAGGUAGAUGAGAUUGCCAUGCAAGCGAUGCGCUUCCAGACCGUGUGCUUUCUCCCUGUCCAGAUUCUGUUCUUCCAGCAGUGUUGUAAUCAGUACUACUCACUCAUUUCUUGCCAGAUGCCAUUCUUGGUGCUAGAGAUACAGCAGGAAACAAAACAAAGUUCCUGUUCUUACGGAACUUCCAUCCUACUGAGAGAAACAGCAAGGAAUGUGAUCAAUUUCACCCUCACCCGCUCCCCUUUAGGACUAGGCCCCCGGUUUCAAGGCAUGAACCACCUGGGAGACAGGACCAGUGAAGAAGUGAUGUCUUUGAUGAGUUCUCUGAGAGUUCCCAGCCAGUGGCAGAGAAAUGUCACUUACAAGUCAAAUCCUAAUCAGAUAUUGCCUGAUUCUGUGGACUGGAGAGAGAAGGGCUGUGUUACGGAAGUAAAAUACCAGGGUGCUUGUGGUUCUUGCUGGGCUUUCAGUGCUGUGGGGGCCCUGGAAGCACAGCUGAAACUGAAAACAGGGAAGCUGGUGUCUCUCAGUGCGCAAAACCUGGUGGAUUGCUCAAAUGAAAAAUACAGCAAUAAAGGCUGCAACGGUGGCUUCAUGACCAGGGCUUUCCAAUACAUCAUCGAUAACAAAGGCAUCGAUUCGGAAGCUUCCUAUCCCUACAAAGCCAUGGAUGGAAAGUGCCGGUAUGACCCCAAAAACCGAGCUGCCACGUGUUCCAAGUACACUGAGCUUCCCUAUGGCAGUGAGGUUGCCCUGGCAGAGGCCGUGGCUAACAAAGGGCCCGUGUCUGUUGGUGUGGAUGCAAGUCGCCCAACUUUCUUCCUCUACAAAAGUGGCGUCUACUUUGACCCAUCCUGCACUCAGAAUGUGAAUCAUGGCGUGUUGGUCAUUGGCUACGGUAAACUUAAUGGAAAAGACUACUGGCUUGUGAAAAACAGCUGGGGCGUCAACUUUGGUGACCAAGGAUAUAUUCGAAUGGCAAGAAAUAGUGGAAAUCACUGUGGCAUUGCUAGUUUUCCCUCUUACCCAGAAAUCUAGAGGAUGUCUUCAUUCUAUAAAAAGUCAAGAAAGAUGAACUGCUUUCUUCUAACUUAAUUUUGCCUGUUGUAACCAGUAGAAAUAAGCGUGUCAUCAUCGAUGUAUUUUAACUGUACUAAUUAGAAAACGUGGAAACCCUGGUGGCGUAGUGGUUAAGAGCUCGGCUGCUAACCAAAAGGUUGGCAGUUUGAAUCCACCAGGAACUCCCUGGAAACCCUGUUGGGCAGUUCUGCUCUGUCCUGUAGGAUCACUAUGAGUUGGAAUCAACUCGACGGCAACGGGUUUGGGUUUUUUUUUUUUAAUUAGAAGACAUAGUUUGACUUCCUUUUUAACUUUGCACAGCUUGAAAAAAAAGCUUGCUAACUAAAUUAAUGAUGUAUGAUAGCUGUAACGGCAUGCGAAUGUGUCAACCUAAAACAAUGUGUUGUGUUUGUGCUUGUCUCAUUUCACACUGUUUUUUUCAAGCUCUCUGAUACCCUUUUGUAAGUUGGUGGUGUAUAUAUGCUUAAUAAAAAUCUGUCUUCAAAUUUC